UCAUCUCAUCUCAUCUCAUCUCAUCUCAAGCCAGAAGAAGAAGAAGCAGCUAAGUGUUUUUCUGCAUCCAAACAAAAGAAAAAAAACGUACGGCCGAGCUGUUUUCUAUUUCAAAGCUUCCUCUCUCUCCGGCUCGGAGAAAAUUGAAGGGGGUUAAUUAAUGGGGAGGGGUAAGAUCGUCAUCAGGAGGAUCGAUAAUUCCACGAGCCGGCAGGUGACAUUUUCGAAGCGGAGGAAUGGGCUGCUGAAGAAGGCCAAGGAGCUCGGGAUCUUAUGCGAUGCGGAGGUGGGAGUGAUAAUCUUCUCAAGCACCGGGAAGCUCUAUGACUAUGCCAGCAGCAGCAUGAAAACAAUAAUAGAACGAUACAACAAAUCCAAAGGAGAACAGCAUCAGCUGGCGAACCCAGCCUCUGAGGUUAAGUUCUGGCAAAGGGAGGCAGCAAUCUUGAGACAGCAGCUGCAAAACCUACAAGAAAAUCACAGGCAAAUCAUGGGAGAAGAGCUCUCGGGGCUUUGUGUGAAGGACCUACAGAAUCUGGAGAAUCAAUUGGAGAUGAGCCUUCGUGGUGUUCGAAUGAAAAAGGACCAAGUGUUAAUGGAUGACAUACAAGAACUGAGCAGGAAGGGGAACGUCAUUCACCAGGAAAACGUGGAGUUGUAUAAGAAGGUAAACAUUAUUCGCCAAGAAAACAUGGAAUUGUACAAGAAGGUUUACGGAACAAGGGACGCGAACGGAACUGACAGGAAUCAGCUCACCAAUGGUCUAGACAUCGGAGAGGACUCUCAUUUACCUGUCAAUCUCCAGCUUAGCCAACCAGAGCAACAAAAUUAUGAGACAACAAGAAGAUCUACGAACCUGGCAUUACAGUUGCACUAGCAAAAAGGACAAAUCAACCCCACGCGGAUAUUACUCAGUUCAUAUCAAUCCAAGGAUGUGGCAAGGGCAUUACAAAGUCAUGCUUCUGCAACCGACAAGUGGUAUACCACAUACUAUUAAGUAAAAUACUCAAAUUUGAAAAUGAUCAGUUAAAUAAACCUUAGUUAUAUGUGAUGGAGGACUUUUGUAUAGGUGAAAUUAAAUUGAAUAAGAGAAUUACUAAGUUAUGCUAUGUAGUUAAUAUUUUUGGAGAUCCUUAAAGGGAUGUAUCUACCACUUUUCCUUUA